UCUAUUAUCGACAUUAGUUUCGAAUUUACAUCUGUCAAAAUUAUGUCAAACAUUAAAUAAAAACAAAAUUUUUUGGAUUUGAGAAUAUAUUUAAAGGAUUGUUACCUUAAGAAAAUGUCAUCUUCCGAUAAUGUUAAUGAAAAAUUAACAGAAAUUCAUAGUUUUCAUACAAUAUUACGUGACCUAACCAAUUAUGUACAUCGUCCACGCGAUGUUCUGGUUGUACCCCGUCCAUUGCCCGUACAAAUGAAAACUGAUUUCGAAAAAAAUCUAGAAACUGUUAUAGAAAGUUGCCCUGCAAAAAGUUUUAUAGCAUUGGUAGCUGGAUAUGGAUUGGGUGCUGUAUUAGGGUUAUUUUCGAGUAGUGUUGGUCCCACCACUGUUUUAACUCCAAACAUUGAAAAUCAAACGGUUCGUGAAGUAUUUCGUGACAUGAGACAAACUUCACAUAGUUAUGGUAAAAAUUUUGCACUUAUUGGUUUGGUUUUUUCUGCUGUUGAAUGUACAAUAGAAUCGGCUCGUGGAAAAUCUGAUUGGCGUAAUGGUACAUACGCAGGAGGUGUAACAGGAGGCUUAAUUGGUUUAAGAGCGGGUGUAAAAGCUGGUAUUGCGGGUGCCAUAGGAUUUGCAUCGUUUUCAACAGCCAUCGAUUACUUCUUUUCACAUCGAGGAUAAUUUUUUAGUAAAAAAUUAUUUUUUGGCACUGUAAAUAUUUUUUUUUGUUAUUU